AUGCUCCACCAAAAAGAUUGCCAUGAGCUGUUAGACAGCAUAGCACAAGUCGGGUUUGUGACGAGCCGGGUGGAGGCGAUCGGUGUGGAGGUGUGCAGCGAGGCCGAGAGGGAGUACAAUGUGCAGCUUUGCUCGGCAGCAGUCGGCAAGCUUGGUUCCAUGGACCCAGCCGCCCUCAAGAUCCUGAGCUUGAGUGCAAGCCAUACGACUUUUGCACUGCGGCUUGUAGCCAGCGCAGCACCGCACGAAUCGGACUCCUUGUCAGUGAAUGGCAUCCUGAGCCUCGAGCAAGUUCGUUUGCGAGAUCCCGUGUUGGCCCAGCACGUCGAGCACGGAUUGACUUGGCAGGUGAUUGCCAAGGAAGUGGCUUUGGCUCACCCAGAGCUGCUUCAGCUCGUGCAAUCGAGCCAAAACGCCACCUUGGUAAAGUCCGAGUCAGAGCUGCAACUCCUGAGGCGAGUUUUCAGUUUGUGCAGUCGGCCGAAUCCGCCCGACUUUCAGGGGGUCAAGAAGAUGGCCCUGAGCUCCAAGCCUCCUUGCGGGGAGACAUUCCCUGCUUUGUACACAUUUGAGUUGUUUGGUGUGCUUCGGCAAGCCAGCCUGAUGAGCACCAUGGUCCUGCCGCCGCUCUCUGUCGGGGUUCAUCCCCAGAACAGAGACGGGAUAAUGCUCCACCAAAAAGAUUGCCAUGAGCUGUUAGACAGCAUAGCACAAGUCGGGUUUGUGGCGAGCCGGGUGGAGGCGAUCGGUGUGGAGGUGUGCAGCGAGGCCGAGAGGGAGUACAAUGUGCAGCUUUGCUCGGCAGCAGCCGGCAAGCUUGGUUCCAUGGACCCAGCCGCCCUCAAGAUCCUGAGCUUGAGUGCAAGCCACACGAAUUUUGCACUGCGGCUUGUAGCCAGUGCAGCACCGCACGAAUCGGACUCCUUGUCAGUGAACGGCAUCCUGAGCCUCGAGCAAGUUCGUUCGCGAGAUCCCGUCUUGGCCCAGCACGUCGAGCACGGAUUGACUUGGCAGGUGAUUGCCAAGGAAGUGGCUUUGGCUCACCCAGAGCUGCUUCAGCUCGUGCAAUCGAGCCAAAACGCCACCUUGGUAAAGUCCGAGUCAGAGCUGCAACUCCUGAGGCGAGUUUUCAGUUUGUGCAGUCGGCCGAAUCCGCCCGACUUUCAGGGGGUCAAGAAGAUGGCCCUGAGCUCCAAGCCUCCUUGCGGGGAGACAUUCCCUGCUUUGUACACAUUUGCCCUUCGGUAUUGUGGCGGCUCCGAUGGCAGAUUUCUCCGUGAAACAGAACAAUUCGUUCGGAGUCAAGGCCAUACCCGGUCUUUGGGACUUGGCUUCUGGCAGCUGCUCGCCCAGGACUUCAUGAAGGGACAGCAGCAAGUUGCCCACAUGAGGCAUGCAAUCCUGAAAGUCGGCUUGUCUGGUACUGGUUUGACACAGACCAAUGCCAAGAAGAUGUUCUCUAAGGAUUGCAGCCCCAAGAUCUUGGAGGGAGACAAAGUUCUGAGGGAACUUCGCGAACUCGUCUCUUCUGCUGGCAUUGACAUCCUCCAUGAUGUCCGCUUCAUCAAUAUCUUGGGCAUCGUCGACAUGACCGUUGCUAGAUUUUGCCUCGGCCUGCAGGCAGAGGACGGCAAAGAAUACAAAAGCAUCCAAGGUAUUGCUCACGAUGCGACCUUGCUGUUCGCAACCUUAGGGGUUCAGUUGACUUCGCCAUGGCAGACUUCAGCCGAAGCAACGACAGGAGCCCAAUCAUCGAAAUCCCAGGCCUUUGAAAGGAUGAGGGAACUUAAUUCCGAUGGUUCCCUGAGGAAUGCAUCUGAACUCCUUGCAGACAAGGGCUUCACAUUGCAGGCAUUCGUGCGGCGAAGGGCCGACAAGUUGGAAUGCCGAAUCGAUGGAAUCCAGGGCCAGCAGAUCCACUUGGUCGAGCUCGGAAAGAAGGGAAUCAUGAAAGUGCCAAUCGAGCAGUUCCUGGCUGGGACAUGGGCUAUCUUCCAGCCUAGGAGUGAGCCUGAGAUCAUCGAGGACCUAAGUGUCUUCAUGCCGUCGGAGUGUCACGACUUCCAGGCAGCUGUGGUCGUCGCAUGCAUUCAGAAGGAAUUGGCGACAUUGACCGAGGAUCACAAGGAUGUCAUGCUUCAGCUGUCCCUCCAGCUGAAGCCAACAAAGGCUCUCGUCACCAAAAAAAAUUUCAGUAAGGGACAGCUGGUGCUCAUCCCCUCGUCCUACAAGGUCGUCCAGCGGCCGAAAAGCCAGGGUGACCUCUCCAAUGCUGUGAAGGUGCAGGUGGACUGGCAGGCGGACGACCGGCAGUUUUGGAUCACGGCAUGCAACAGCAUGCCCAAGGCCGACGAGGCUUUCGAGCCUGGGAAGCAUUGCCUGGCUCCCUUUUUUCUGGUACCGGCAUCCGAGGAAGUCGGUGCCAUCAAUCUCGUAAUGUUCAUGGCGGGCUCGAAGGAGUCGAAGGUAAAGAUCCCCAUCUUGAAAAACACCCAUGCAGUCGCCAAGGGCACCUCUCUGCUGCAGGCCCCCAUCAAGAAGGACAACAAGAGGGAGCAGUUGGAGAUGCCGGUGCCCGUCAAGCGGGUGAAAGGCAAGCAGUGA